CCGCCACCGCAGUCCUCGCCCGCUCCUCCGCGCCCGCCGGCAUGGCCCCCAGCACUGUGGCCGUGGAGCUGCUCAGCCCCAAGGAGAAAAACCGGCUGCGCAAGCCAGUGGUGGAGAAGAUGCGUCGCGACCGCAUCAACAGCAGCAUCGAGCAGCUGAAGCUGCUGCUGGAGCAGGAGUUCGCGCGGCACCAGCCCAAUUCUAAGCUGGAGAAGGCUGACAUCCUGGAGAUGGCCGUCAGCUACCUGAAGCACAGCAAAGCCUUUGCUGCCGCUGCCGCCGGCCCCAAGAGCCUACACCAGGACUACAGUGAGGGUUAUUCGUGGUGCCUGCAAGAGGCCGUGCAGUUCCUGACGCUGCACGCGGCCAGCGACACGCACUUGAAGCUGCUUUACCACUUCCAGAGACCCCCAGCCACCUCGGUUGCGCCUAAGGAGCCCCCAGCUGCCAGCGCGGCGCCUCUGCCUGCGCUCACUUCUGCCAAGGCUGCUGCCCCAAGGCAGCCCGCCUGCGGCCUCUGGCGACCCUGGUGACCGGGACUGCCCAGGACCAGAGGGCGAGCCAAGCCGUUCCUCUCCCGAGUAGGGAAGCGCCUUCCCAUCCCCUCGGUCCAGCUUGAAGGCCUCUCUGGAGGGCUUGUUCCCCAGCUGGUGGGCCAGCAAGGGAGUCAUUCUCAGAGAAUGUGUGCCGGCCCUUGUCCUUUUAGGACAAUCAGGGCCAAUCUUCUUCAGAGAGAGCUGCUGCAGCAUCUGACCCCAAGGGGUCGUUCUGUGUUUGCAUUUCAGCAAGUGACUUCUGGGAAGUCCCGGCCACAUGCCGGGGUCUAUGAUAUUUGUAGGUGGUGGGGCUGGCGGGAGCUGCUGUAGAGGACUUUCUUCAGGCCUGUGGCUGUGGGCACGCCCCCGGGCGGCCGUGCAGUGGGGGCUGUCUUGCCUUUUGUGAAGGCGAACUCAGUGUGCAUCCUCAUAGGAGAGAGAGUAACAGCCUGAGGGCAUGGAAGAGCCACGCAGUGGAUUCCUUCCUGAAAGGCACCCUUGUGUGCUCAGCUGUCUGGUUGGGGCUCAUAGUGGGCUGUUUGGGGCGGGUGGGUCCCCAUAACGAUCCUUAAAGGAUUCCUGUGUGUGGGUGCACGUGGGCAUGCGUGGGCGUGAUGUCUGUACUCAGUAUUUGAAGUCUGUUAUGCAGACUGCUCUGCAGGCUUUUAAUAAAAUCUGACUGUUGAGUCCUUGUCUCCUCUUCUGCCUUACAAGGGUGUCUUUGCCAGCACGGGGGUGGAAGGCCAGGUCUUUAGGGGUGAAGGAGAGUGAGCAUGGCCACGGUGUGUGGCCACAGCUGGAGAUUUGCUUAGCAGUGACCCUCUGGCUGCUGGAAGAAUGUCUGGGUCCUGGCCUGGGAAGGAAGAGGGCAGGAGAAGCACACGAAGAGGAGAAGCUGGAAAUUAGGGAGGGAGGGGAAGAGUAAGGAGGAGAGACACAAGGAGGGAGGGGAGAAACAAGUAGGGAAGGAAGAAGGGAGGGAAAGAGAGGAGGAGCUGGAAACAAGGGAAAGAGGAGGCAGGGGAGAAGCUGGAAGGAAGAAGGGGGGAGGGGAGAAGCAAGGAAAGAGGGAAAGUGGAGAGGAACGCUAAGGAGAAAAGGGAGAGGGAGGGAGGGGAGAGGGAGGCUGGAAGGUGAGGGACAUUGUAGACUGCAUUCCCUCUGUGUGUGGAGGAGGGGCAAUCAGGCGGGAGACCCGAGUUCCAGGGCCUGGGUGAGGACAAAGUGACAGCUAUGGGUGAGCCCUUCCUGAUGUCUGGCUGGGGACCUGUAGCCUGCUGUGGAGCCCUUGCUGCAAUCAAAGGGGGCUUGGCCAGGCCAAACAAACAGGCGGAAAUGUUUACCGCCAGCCCCUGCCCCUCCCCUCCAGCCUGCAGCCACCUGCAGCCCUGGCAGAAGCUCCCUCCCAGAGGCACCUAUCUAGCUAAUUCCCAGGUGUCCGCCCUGUCCUCCCAGUUGCAGGCCGCUUGCCGAGCUGGAACAGACAGUGCUGGUGGUGACUCGGCCACGGCUGCUCCCUUGCUCUGAAAGGGCACCUAUUUUUAGGCAGGCUACGGGGUUUUGGUUGAGUCUGCAAGAACCUAGAACUUCAGCACCCAAGUGCCAUUUCCCCAAGGGGUGAAAUCCACCCAGCAAGGAGCAGAAAGGAGAGCCUGGCACUCCAGAGACUCCCAGAUACUUUCUGAUGACAAUUCAGGCAGCGCGGGUCUCAUCCCUCUCUCCCUUCUGCCUUCUGCCCUUUCUGGCUCAUUCUGAAAACUGCCUUCUCUGGGCCAGCCGAGUGUCUGCCACCGGCCCUCUCUGGUAGCUGCUGAGCCCCAGCUGUGGUGGGCAGGGGACAGGGGAGGCUCGCUGCAGGCAUGUGGAUUCAUCGUGACUGGGAGGAGCGCCGCUGCCCUUGUGAACUGUGCCUGCUGGCUGGGCUGGCCCAGGGGCCACCCCGCUGUCCAGGCCACUAUGCCAUGUCGCCUGCUAUGCCCUCUGGGGAGCAGACCCUCUGCCCUCCUUUACCAGAGCCUCCUUUAGGCAGGCUCACCUACGGCAGCACAGCCAUCUCCUGGAAGGCACUGCGAACCCACCUAAUACACCCUGGAAUUCUGCCCAGGGCUCUGCACUCCUGCUGCCCAUGAGUCUGUUUUGGCUCUUUCAGGGCUCCCAGGAACCUGUCUAGCAGCUGGUGGCACUCUCAGUUUGCAGAGAGGCUAAGGUCCAGAGGCACACAGCAAUGACCAGGGUCACCUGGGAGGCAGGAAACCGACCUCAGGGGCUGAGUCUGCCUGCCUCUGUGCUGGGUUCUUUGAGGGACUCGCUCCGGAAGCCAUUUCAGACAUUUCCUGCGUCCUUGCUCUGCAGCAGUCUCAAGUCUCAACGUGUUUCUCAGCAAACUCCCAUUGGUCCCCCCCUCCCCCAUCCCUUGCUGGAAGGCACCUCCUCCAGGCAGGCUUCCUGGCGGUGCAGGAAGGGGCCUGCUUCCGCUGUAUUUUCUGUGGCACGCCAGCAGAGCGCUCCUCUUCCCUAGCUGCGGGUCUGUGUCCCAGGCCUAUCUAGACCCGGGCUGGGGGCUCCUUGGGGGCAGAGUCCUCUCCUCCUCCUUGCUUGCAUAGGACUUUUAGCACUGAACCUGGACGGUGGGUCACCCUAGCAGAGACGUCAUGUGCACCCUAGCGUGCCGGAGCCUAGCUUAUAGAGCGCGCUCGCAGGGCCAAGAGGCAGGUGUUAUCUUCUGCAAGUUCCAUGGCUGCUCUGGAAGCCGGAACGCCGCCUGCCCUGUCUUAUUCAGCACCAGCUCAGAGGACCCGAGUUAAGCAUCUGGCCAGCUCAGUGGGGAGGGAAAAAAAAAAAAAAAAAACCACAACACACGCCAGAUGUUUAGUGCCGAGGCGCAGUCUCCGCAGAACAGCCGCGGGCCCUCUCGCAGCCCAGCUUCCUACGACCCCUCCCCAGGCCCGCCCCCGGCGGCUCCAGCGGCUGAGAAGACCAAGGUAGGCGGGCGGGGCGGGAUCAUCA